AUGAGAAAACUGCUCUCUUCUCUCCGUCUCGCACUCUUGUUCUCUACACUGGAGUCUCGAGCUCGAAGCCCUUCCUCCCACCACCUGGCAGCGCCGCCGAAGCCUUAUUCCCAGCGAGCAUCGACCCAGCCGCGCUCUUCCCAGCAGCACCGACCCAGCAAUGCUCUUCCCAGCAGCGCUCUUCCCAGCGAGUACCGACCCAGCAGCGUCGAAGCCUUCUUCCUAGUGACAGCGAGCACGGACCCAGCAGCGUUCUUCCCAGUAGCGCCGAAGAGAGGCUUUGCCACUCACCCUAGAAGCAUUGCAGAGAGGGUACGAAGAGCACGAAUUAGCGAAAGAAUCAAGAAAUUGCAAGGCCUUCUCCCGAAAUCUGACAAGUUCAUCCUGAAAGUUGAAAUCCUAUGCGGUAUGUAUCGAGAUAUAGGAUGCAUCCAGAGAUAUGCAAAUCCUCUUCACUGCAUUUUGAUGACAAUAAAGCAUAAAAUAGGAGCUAAUAAUGUAUAUUUGAUGGAUUGCUGUUGGUUGUUGACUUGUUUAUUUCAUUGUUGAUGUCUUGCUGGUUGUUCUGUUGAAUUACUAAAACUGCUUUU